CCGGCCUUAGCUCGGUGGACUGUGUGGUCAUGGGAUGCAAGGGAUGGAGCCUGAGGUGGCAGAUGGUUCGGAUGAGAAGGGUGCCCAGCAGGCCGCUGAUGGGGAGGACUACUAUGACCUCAAAAAGACGCUGCCAAGAUUUUAUCGCCUGUUUGAGCACCUCAAUAAAGGUCAACGUCCAACGCCUUCCAUCAUGGCCAACGCGUUGGACGUGGUGGAAAGGAUGUGCAAAAAAGAUGCCUUGGAGAAAGUGAUCGAUGGCUUCAUGCGCUUGGACGGAACCUUCUCGGUGGAAGUCGAAAGUGGCCGAGUGGUGCUACGCCGUAGGCUGCUGCACUUGCGGAUUCAGUUCAAUGGUAUGCGCUUGUUCAGGAGCUACGCGCCUGUGGUUGAAGGAGACAAGGCAAGCAGGUUGGCCUAUGCAGCGACAGCUCCGGAGUUGAUUGAGCGAUUUCCACAGCGCGUGGAUGGAGUGGAGCUAGCGAGAAAGUACCUUUUAGCCUUGCUGCCCCUUAGCGAGAAAGAGGUUCAAUCCAGCAAUGUAAUGACGAUCAACUGUCCCGAGAAGCCGCGAGAGAUUUUGGAGCAGAUUGUUGGCAUCCCUGGUCUCCGAAGCAUCGUGGACAACUUCGACAUUACUGUGGACAUCCAAAGCACGGCCCCAGCCAAUCUGCUCUCGGCCUUGGGCUUGCCUGAAGGGCACGGCUUCAGAGGCCGUGGAGUGAUUUGGUCCUGGCGCCAUGCAGCCAUGAGCACUUUUGCGGCCAAAGCACAGCCACUGGAACAGCUGCUCUCGGCAUGCCUUAGUGGUGGUGAGUUUCUGUGGUUCACACUUGGGGUUUUGCAGGGCUUGUCCUAUGAGGGCAUGUGGUUUCAGCGACCCGGUGGACGAGAGGACUCAAUGCUGCUGCUACUACGGCCGAAACAGCAACAGAAGAAGUUGCCCAGUCUGCCUCUGGGUCCAUGGCAUGAGGCAGUGCAGCGGGAAGCUUUGCAGGUUGGUGAAUGUGGGCCCGAUGCCAUGCCAGUGCUGCUUCAGCUGGUGCCUGCAGCCUAUGGAGAUGAGGCGGAACUCAGGGCCAGAGAGGUGCAGGAGAUCAUAGGCACGGAGGCUGCGACGGUGGUGGGUUCUUUGAUGACGCAGUCAGAUGGGGAACAGGUCGCUGGACGGCUUGCAGCCGUGCAGCUCACGCUGCCCUUUGGGAUGCUGAGCAGCAGAUAUCCAGCUGGAGUUGGUUAUAUUCAUUCCUUGGGAGACAUGGUGCGACGAGGCCAUGAGGGGAGCCGUUUGGAAGAGCUGCAACGGACUGUGCGAGAGACCAGAGACUUUGCACGUCUUCCCUUCACGGAAUGGAUGGAUUCCUGGCUGCUGGCAACUCGAGAGGUUCCUGGAUGGCUGCAGCACUUCGUAAGCCUCCGAGGGCCACUGGCGAAAAUGAAGAUGAGCGAUCGACACAUUGCCCAGGAGUUGGCCACCGCGAAGACCAAAGCCGAGCCCGAUCUCUUCAGCGCCCUGAACUUCAGACAGCUCAUUAAGGCCCUGAAGGAAAACGAUCCUUUGCCCAGCAACCUUUGUGCCUUAAUUGCUGGAGGGACCAUGAGCUUCGAGGUCACACCAACGGAUGAAUUGGUGAAAUCGCUAGAUGCACUGCAACGGUUGUCUGGAGCGUUGUGGGCAUUCGAUCUCUACCGAACAAGGCCAUGGUAUAGCUUGGGUUUCCUGAGCCAUGGAUCACUCUCUGGUGGCUCCGUGUUGGUUGGUGCUUCAGGUCAGCUGUGCAUGGCGGGCUAUGGCCUAGGCACAGUUGCCUCGGUGAACCCCUUGGCGGACGCCUUGCAGCUCUCCACGCGGCUGCUUUUGGAGGAUUGCCCAUUGCCGGUGGCUCACGAGGACCUGUACGCUUUGAUGUUGGAGUGCGGUACCAAUCUCGACACCAUCGCUGAUUGGCUCAGGGUAGAUCAGGAAACGGCGAAGCUGAUCAUUUUCAUGAGCCACGACGAUCACAGCGGGAGGAGGCCUGUGAACGAUGAGGAGUCGCCACCAGUUGCCAGCCUCCGCGACCUGUCCGUGGCCGGGCCGUGGCCUGGGGCCCCUGUGGUGUCACGUGCCGAUGCGCGACAAGCGCAGAUGGAGGCCCAGGCCUUAACGACGGCCCUGGCGGGUUUGGUUCCUGGAGCUUUUGUGCCAGACGCAGGUUGCACCGCAGGGCUCUUGGAGGACCUUUGCGACACCUUGGGGCCGCCCUCGCAGCACGCCGUGCGCGAGAUCGCCAAGCUCGCGAAGCCGAGGCUGUCGCCUCCGCGGCAGUGGGCAUGGGAUUUGCAGAUCGCUGUGCUUGAAGCUGUGGAGGAGAGACUGGCAGAAGAACAGUUUCAAUUUGCCUCCGACACGGACCCUUCGCUGCGCAGCGAAUACGAAGGCGUCUGCGCCUUCUCCUGUGCCAUGCUGGUGCCGCAACUGCUGGCGGCAUUGCAGCUGAUCUUCACCAAGGACUUCCCUCCAUGGCAAUGUUUGUGGGCUUUGCGCCAUGCACAUGCGGUGUGCUUUCGGCUGGUUCGGAUCUUGCAGGCGUAUGUGGAGACGAAGACUCUGCAAUCCAUGAUGGAAGCAUUAUCUGUGCCUGUUCCCGAAGGAGCAGCUGCAGGCCGUGGCCGAAAGAAAUCCGUCGAAGAUGCUGGCUGGGCCUUCAGGAAGGUUGAGGACCAUUCAGAGAGCAUUGCAGGUUUGAUGCUUGGGGGUGUCUGCUUUGAUUUGAAGCACUGUUUGCUGGUGCGCUUGACCUACAAAAAGGCCGAGCUCGGAGAAGAACUUCGACCCAAGACACCCUUUGCGAAACCCAAAAUCUUGAAAAGCACUCAGGAGAAGGCGCAGCAGCGCAGAGCUUCGAGAAUGGGAUUUGAUGGGGCUAAAAGACCACAAAGUUCCCGGAGGCGCAGCAGUGUUGGGUCGAGUCGUUUGAACACAACGACUUCGGGCAUCGAUUCCAAGGAGCCUCCACCAGCCGUGUUCUCCAACCCUGGUGGUGAGAUGGGAUUCACCGAUCCACUGCCAGGCAUUGUUGCGGAAGAGCUCUUGCCUGGAGCCUCCACCACAGGAAUGGCCAUCCUCCGCGGGCUGGCCUUUGCGCUCUACGGCUGGCCUUGCCCUGGUUUUGAAGGACCAGAACCGCGUGAGCGUGACCACUUGGAACCCUACUUGAUCGAGCUACCAGAGAGUGCAGAUGGUGAGACGCAUGAUAGCUUGCAAAAGCAGGAUGCGGGCAAGUUAGCGCUACAGAGAAAACCGGUGUGUUUGAGGGGUGUGAAGUCAGUAUUGGACACGCUCCCGAGCAAUCCACCGGGACAACUACUUCGAAGGAUCGCUGUUCCGCAGCUCCGGGGCAUGAUGGACAAGAACUGCUACUAUCGAGGAAACAUCCUGGAAGUCGCUUAUGGCAUGGCCAACUCCAUGGGGCCUUUGGGUGUCACCUUGGUGCAGAGCGUUUCGGCCCACAAGCAGGCUGAAGAGUUCAAACUGAAGGUGGGCAUUUCGCAAAUCAAAGCGAAUGCCGCCUUGGUCCGAGCCAAGGAAAGCGUGGAAUUGAUGAGACCUUCUGAUUUGACGGCGUUGUUGGACUCCGAAGACUGGUUCAAAAACAACAUGCGCAUGGCAUGGUCCUUUGAAAGCAAUGCCAAAGAGGGAGUCUACAUUGCGGGCGAGGGCCCUCUGAAAGCCUUCCAAGAACUGCGGAAGGUCGUUGGUUGGAUUGAUGGUGGCCGUGCCAAUGUGAUGCCUGCCAUGCUGGUGUAUGAUGCGCACCGAGUAGAGGUCAGCGUGCCUUCCUUCUUCACGUCACCUGCUCAAUCGACGGAGCAAGAUCCACGGAGCUUGAUCACCGUGGUCACGAAACUCGUCCUGUUUGACUACGAGAACUUUCUAAAGAGCGACGCUCGACGAGAGGCAGCCACGGUGGACCUAACCUUGAAAUUCCGCUACAGCCCAGAGGUUCGAGUCCUUUCCAAGGGCACAAGAAUUCGUUUGCUGCGUCAGGACCAGAUUGUCUUUGAAGAGGCACCCAACAAGCGAGGGGGCUCCAAGAGGCAAGACUCGAAGAAAACCGACACUUGGAACCUGAGCUCCAAAGACGAGCUGCUUGCCAAAUACGGAGACAGCAACAAAUCAGAAGCGAGCAGGAAGGACAGUCGAGAAGAAGUGGGCAAAGGUGCCGGCCAUGACCGGAAGAUGAUGCCCAAGCAUACUGCGACCAUCGUGGAGUUGUCCGCAUCAAGACCAGGCCUCUACGAAAUUCAGCUGGAUGGCAUCAAGGGCACAGCUUUAUUUGAUCCGCAGCCCGGCAACUACGAGUUGGCGGGGGUCUUCCGCUACGCACAGACACAGCCCUUGAUUGUCUUCAUGAGCGGUGGAUGGAUUGAUGCUAUAGUGCAUAGUAUUAGCUAUGGAAACUUCCACGAAGUCUACAUACGAGACCCAAAGAGCGGAGCAAGGAGUCUCAACGACUUGAACCACACACCUGCGAAGCUCAGCCUCGCCAACUACACCUGGUGCUCCAAACAGUACGUAGAGGACCUUCGGAUGCGGAACGGAUACCUGCGAGAUGCACUGACAUCCCGCUUCAUUGACAUCUUGUCGCUUCCCUUUGCGUUGAUCCUGUUACACGACAAGAUGGAGGUGAACAGUCAAGACUUUGACAGCGAAAGUGCCGGUGACUCCAGUUCUUCUUCUGCAGUGGGAGGCUGA